AGUUAGAGAAUAAAUGUAUUUUUUAUUUAGUGAAUGCUUAAUUGGGCUGAAGGAUGUUUUUAUAUUUGCCAGUCUUCAACUUUCAAUGAAGUGAAGUCUGAAAGAAAGAUUAUAAUUACUGAUAUAUGCAAAUAUAUACAAAUAUGAAACAACUCUGACUAUAGUUUUGACCAAAGUAUGGACAAGUCCAGGGGCGUACUGACAACUCAUGGGGCCCCCGGGCAAUAGGGGAUCAUGGGGCCCCUGUGUCCAUGCCAACACCCAAAAAAGCCUAUGAAAAAGCCAAUGAAAGGUACCAGGGGCAUCUCAUGGGGCCCCCUACUGGCCCUGGGCCCUCGGGCAGUGCCCGAGUGCUCGAAUGAUCAGUCCUCCCCUGGACAAGUCUACACUCACUAGGAUU